ACUACUUAAACGCGCUGGCUGUAUGAGAUUAUUCCAAUGUCACUUUAUGAAUGAAAAAAAAAUGUACUUUCAUGACGCCAUGACAGGUCACGUGAUGUAAAUUUUUGUCGGGCAUGCGCGACAUCACGAAUUUUACAAGUGAUUUUGAAACGAUGGACUUUUUCGCGGAGAAAAUUGUUAUAAAAUACUCUAAUACGAACCUAAAUUUCGAUUACAGUGCAUAAAUAUUCGUGUGUCUCAAGUGUUUGUGUUCCAAAUUGAUUUGUGCAAGGAAGUGUUACUUCGCAAAGGUCAGAUUCUGAAAAAGGUAACAAAACCAUGUGAAAAGUGCCUUAGCACUGCCAGUGUGAAGUGCUCAGUUAAUGUUAAAGUGUUAAACUGUAAAAGUGCUAGCAAAGUGUGAGCAGCAGAGUGUGUGAGUGAGAUGAGAGCUGAAGAGACUUGGACAGUUUGCGUUACGACAAAGGUCGCCGACGAUUGAUUAGCACAACAAGAUGGCCCACUUCCCCCAACCAACAUCACUAGAGGCGGCGCUACCGCUUAUGGUAAAGCCGGACCUCCGUCUGCGGCAGCAACUGGGCGAACAACUACCCGCCCUAGUGCGACGGGAACCAGAGAUUGAACACGACAUAGCUGCUCAACUACUGGAUGCGCUGGUGCAUUGGCUCAAUGGGGGCAACUUUAAGGUGGCCCAAAACGGGCUGGAGACGAUCGCGGCGCUCGCCGAGCGGCUCGGAUCGGAUUUCUCCUGCUACGUGCCCUCGGUACUGCCGCACAUCAUCGACAGGCUGGCAGACACAAAGGAAGGCGUCCGCCACAUGGCGCGAGUGUGUAUCGCGGCGCUAGGGGAGAGUCGUGCCGCCCCGCCCCGCGCGCUCCUGGCUCGCCUCAUCCCCGCGACGCAGCACAAGGCGCCACACACGAGGGAAGAAGCUGUAAAAACUAUACAGACACUAUUAGACACGCACGGCGCGCAAGAACUACAACUCCGAGCGGCCGUACCGAACCUCGCCGGGCUUCUAGGGGACCCCAGCAGUGCAGUCAGGGAUGCAGCCAUGCAACUACUGGUCGACAUGUACAGACAUGUUGGUGAAAGACUGAGGACUGACCUGAAGAAGAAGGAACUGGUGCCGGCGCAGAAGUUGGCGCUGCUAGAACAGAAGUUUGACGAGGUUCGGGAAGCGGGCUUAUUACUGCCUACAGCGAACGCGGGCGUGGACGAGGCGGACUACGUGUCGCGCACCGCGGCGCGGCGCCAGUUCGCCGGCCGCGCCGCCCGCGACGACUCCGGGGCCUCCACGCCAGCGUGUGAAGUACCAAAGAGGACAGUCCCCGGACUGUACAGUCUGCCGUCGGCGAGCAGGAAGCCGCCGCCGCCCACGAAACUAAAUAGUGCGACCAGUGUGUCAUCCGGCGCGAGCGGCACGGCCGGCGAGGCCGGCGCGGUGUCGUGCGAGGCCUUCGAGGCCGCCUUCGCCGCCACCGCGCCCGCCGCCAUCUACGGGGCCCGCGGCCUCGACGACUUGUGCAGGCACGCCGCCGCUCUGCUGGGCGACAAGGCUGCGGAGUGGGAGAGGAGAGUUGAUGCUCUGAAGAAAAUCCGGUCCCUACUGACAGCCAACGCGCACGCGCAGUACCCCGCGGAGUUCGCGGCGCACCUCAAGGAGCUCUCCGUGCCCUUUCUAGUCGUCAUCAAGGACCUGAGGAGUCAGGUGGUCCGAGAAGCGUGCAUCACCAUCGCGCACAUGGCUAAAGUGCUCAAGAACAAGCUGGAGCAGUUCAGCUUGUACAUUCUGCAGGAGCUGAUCAACCUCAUCCAGAACGCCGCCAAGGUGGUAUCAUCAGCGGGCACCGUGUGCGUGCGGUACAUCGUAACAUACGUCCACUGCCCGCGUCUAGUUCCGGUCAUCGCCACCAACUUGACUACGAAUAAAUCCAAAGAGAUCCGCUCUACUUUAAGUGAAAUCCUAGUGCUAAUGCUGGAGAAAUGGUCGCAGCCAGCCAUCGAGAAACAACUGCCCGUAGUGAGAGACGCCAUCCGCCGCGCCUGCAUCGACGCCGACAGCACCGCCAGGACGUACGGCCGCAGAGCAUACUGGGCGUACAAGCGAGCGUUCCCCGCCGACGCCGAGCAACUGUUCGCCCGUCUGGACGCGGCCGCGCAGAAACAACUCGAGCGGGAGAGGAACGUGGGCAGUGUGGACAGCUUGCAGCACGUCGGCACCGAGAAACGAUCCAUCACCAGUCCCCGAAGCCCAUCCGUCAGCGUAUCAGAUCGGUCUCCGAGCGGAGCAGCGGCGCGCUCCGUGUCCGCGGUGGACGCGGCCGCGGCGCAACGUGCGCGCGCGCGCGCCCUCUACUCGCACAUGACGCGCGCCAAGAUGGCGGCCGGCACCGCCAGCCUGCCCCGCGCGAAGAGAUCCCCACAGGGCAACAGCGGAGUCCCGCCGAGCCCGGAGCGAGUGGUCGGCCGCUCGCGGUCGCGCCCGGGCGUGUCGCAGUCACAACCCACGUCUCGGUCGUCGUCGCCGUCGUCGCGCAGCUCGGGCGCGCUGUCGCUGGCGAGCGCGCGGCGCCGGCCCUCCGGCAUCCCGCGCUCGCUGGCCGGCUCCAGGGAGACCAGCCCCACGAGAACCGGUCGAUCCAACAGCGUGGUCGGCUCGGCUAUCCGACGGCGCGAGUCCGUCGAGCGGACCACCCGCGCUCCGUCAGCUACUCUGCGGUUAUUGCAACAAACAAGGGACGCGGAAGGAGUGCUCAGGAGUCCAGAAGACAGUUCCGCGUACGACAGCGGUCGGCGAGAUGACGAUUCUGAAGCUUCCAGCGUCUGCUCGGAGAGGAGCUUGGAUUCUUACAGGAGGCAUGAUAGCGUGUCGUGGUCGGGCUCGGCGUCGCGCCUGGGCUGGGAGGGCUCGCCGCCGCCGCCGCCGCCGCCCGGCGACAUCAUCGCGCUGUGCGCCAGCACGCACUGGACCGAACGCAAAGAUGGCCUCACACAUUUGGCCAACUACCUUAACUCCGGGCGCCUCCUCACCGACUCCCAGCUCCGUCGUCUCACGGAACUCCUCAACAAGAUGUUCGUGGACGCCCACACCAAGGUGUUCAGCUUACUGCUUGAUGCUGUUUGUGAACUGCUCCUCGUCCACUGGCAGCAGCUGAAGGACUGGCUGUACCAGCUGCUCUUCAGGUUACUGAUGAAGUUGGGCACGGACAUUUUGGGCUCCGUGCAAAGCAAGAUAAUGAAGACGCUCGACGUCAUACACGAGUGCUUCCCGCCAGAACUACAGCUGCAUAACAUAUUCAGGUUCCUGGCGGACGGCGCGACGGCCCCGACGGCCAAGACCAAGGCGGCCGCGCUGCGCUUCCUGGCGGCGCUCGCGCACGACUACUGCACGCCCAACGCCUGCGCACAGGCGCUACAAGGUGGCGCUACGGGCGUGGCGGGGCGCGCGCUCGUGAAGGUGGCGGCGCACGCGCAGGAGCCGCGCGCCGCCGACAUCAGGCUCAGCGCCAGGCGCGCCCUGGCUGCCCUCUAUGACUGCAACCCGGUGCCGUUCACGGCCCUAAUGAGCGAGCUGUCGCCCGACACGCAAGCUCUAGUCAACGGAGUGCUGCAGCAGCACGUCAGGAGAACUUCCAGCACCGGCAGCGACUCUCCGCUGCGGACGUCCUCGGCGACGCCCAACUCGGGCACGGACGACGUGCACUCGCGCAUCAGGCGCACCACCACCGAGAUACACACGUACACCGCGCAGCACGCUAACGCUGAGUGCGGUAACCACAUGUCGAGCAAAGACUCCGGGAUCAGUCAGAUGUCUGACGUCACUCUCUCGAAUAGGGGGGUCAACGGGGUACCCAACGGACAUUACAAUGCUGAGAGCGGGCGUGCCGCGUCGGCGGACAGCUCGGAGGAGGCCACCAGCACCAAGGAGUCCUCGCCCGUGCCGCACCACCACCGCCUCGACCUGCCGCCUCACGGGGACUACAACUCGGGCCUAUGUCGUGACAAGAUGAAACCGUACGAGACUGAUGAAAACGGGUUCCUGAUAACCAAAUCCGGCCUCCGCGAGCAAGAGGUCCUCGAGGCCCUCUGCCAGCUGGACACGCAACACGCGCCCCCCGAGCAGUGGGAGCGUCUCCUGCUCGCCACACACGAGAUCCUCAAGUACGGGGACUGCCGCAAGCCGUCUGAAUACUUCAAGAACAUAGUGCGGGUGGCGUUGGCCACGCUGGCAGUCGACGAGAACGCUGGCGACAAGGAGAAUUCUGAGAAUGCGUCCAACGCUCAACAGUCCUCAGGUUGGGCGACGGCGAACGAGCGCGCCGCGGCCGAGGCCGUGAAGGUGCUGGUGUGGCUGUGCCGGCGGCCGGAGACGCGGCCGCAGUGGCUGGACUACUUCGACCUCAUCCUGCUGAAGCUCAUCAACGCCUACGGCGCGCUCAGCAAGGAGGUCAUGCGCGCCGUGGACCACGGCCUGCCGCACGUGGCGCACGCGCUGCCCGCUGCUCAGGUGCUAGCCCUCUUAAAGCCCGUGAUCCGCACCCGAGGGUACCCGACCUCUCUCUGUGCGCUAAAGUUGGCGGCCGAGGUCGCCAAGGCGCGGAGCAAUGAACUCACAGACGACAUCGUUGGACAACUCAUGGAUGGAGUCUCACAGUUGGCCGACCACCAGAACUCAGCCGUGCGUAAAGCGGCCAUUUUCUGCAUGGUGGCGUUUACUUUCGCGCUCGGCGAGGAGCGGAUGCAGCCGCAUUUGAAGCAUCUCUCUGUCAGCAAAUGCCGGCUAUUACAGGUGUACAUCAGCAAGCACCGCGACGAGGCGGGCGCGCCGCGCGGGCCGCCGCCCGGCACGUAGCGCCGGCGCCGCGCGCGCGCCGCCACCGCCACCGCCACUCGCGCCACGCAGACCGGGGACUAGCGCCCAGCGGCCUUUAUAAAGGACGGCGGGCACACGGGGGACCUACUUGUUAUGUCAAGUUACACUUUGGAGAGGUGAUUCGUACUUUUCAAUUUUCCUUGUUUUUUUAUCUUUCCAGCGGCCCAUCAGGAAUAAAAUUAUUCCUGAUGGGCCAUUACACGUAAAUACGCACAGUCUAUUAAUACGAUUUUGAUUAUUUAUCGAAAAUAAAGUAACUUAUUUCCGAGAAGGAUUUUUUCUAAAGUACAGUCAGCUACAGAGAGAGACCUCCCCUGCGUAGACUGAUUGUAUGCAGAGAGAAGGGGGAGGGGAUCACCUCUCUGCAGCUGACUGUACUCCCAAUUCAUGGUAAAAUCAAUAUAAAAUACCAUUCAAUAUGUUUUUGUUUUACUAUCAAACAUCCAAAUAAUUAAAAAUGUUACAUCAUUUCAUUGUAAUAAGAACACCGCAGGAUGUUUGUUUAGCAUUGAUUUUUUGUAAUAAAUAAAUAGUUUUUGGAUUAUAAAAGUAAAAUUCGAUAAAUGACUAAUCUUUAUAAACAUCAAUAUAAAAAAAUCAUUAUGAUUUACAUACACUAACAGGCUGCAUUGAAAAGUUUCUUUCUACAAACCCUAAAAUCAUAAAAACGUUAAUUUUGAAUCAAUUUAUUGACAAAAUGUAGCAAAACGUAACAAUCAACCACCCCGUUCACCCGGUCGCUGGCGCAGGGCGAGCCUUGUCAUUUGUUGAUGUGAUACUGAUUUACGAUACUAUUGCUCUAUAGCGGACACACUAUAAUACUUUGGAGUAUUGCAUAUUAUUUACUGUUAAGAAACGACCACACGUUUAAGUCGCCAUUUAUACUAUUAACAUUUUGAACGCCACGCUUAUCGCACGCGGCGCGUAAUCGUGAACCUUGUCGGUACGCAUGAAAGUUGAUAUUAGGCUGUAGCCCCGCGCGUCAUAUGACGUCUUUGGCGGUCAAAAGGUUAAAUCAAAAUGUCCUUUUAAAAAGACAAAUCAAAUUUUGAACUAUAAUGGAAGAUAAAGACGGUUCCAAAAACAAAACUGCAAAUGAAUUUUAGGACUAAGGAGUUUAUAAUAUACGUACCAUUGUAGCCCUCCGCUUUCAAGGCAAUCUUGAGAUCUGUCAAACGUGUUAAAAUGACAGGCAUCAAAACUGACUUAAGCGACGGUAACAAUAUAUUAAGUGAUCAAAAAUAUCUCAACGUACGCUUAACUAGUAAAGAAACAUUUAUCUUUUGUAUACCAUGUGUAUUGCAAAAAAAUAGUCAUUGAUUUUAACUAAAAAAAUAAUAGAUAAACCCGUAUCUUAGUUCUAGAAAAGUGUCUUGUUGAGAUAUUUAUGAACACCCUGUUCGAUUUAAAUAAAUGGCGGCUGUAACAAAAAGAUUACACUAACAACUAUGUUGUCAUAAUAAAUGUCUCGAAUAGAUCAAUGGUACUCUUAUAUUUCGACUCUGUUCGUAAUACGUUAAGGACUAUGUUUGUUUGUGUUGAAAAGUGCAAGAUUUCAUAUUUAUCAGCAAACAAAUUAUUUACAGUGUGAAAUGACUUCAUUUAGGAUCACAAGCUACUAUAUCUAACUAGCGAAAACCACAUGUUCUUCAUAAAGAACAAAUAUGUAAACUAAUAUUGUCAGAGUUGUAUCCUCCUAAGUACAGAGUUCCUUUUAAAGGAACAAAUUGAAAUCUAUUUUUGAACUAUAAUAGAAUAAAUUAAGGUUCCAAAUUCACUACAAAAAUGACUCUGGGACUUGGAGGAUAGUUUGUUUCGGGUAUAAAUAAAAAUACAGUUUCGGAGUUGAUAAAUAUGAAGUGUUGUAUUUUAUUGAUUAUGUAAUAAAAAGAAAUGUUAAUUUAUUUGAAAAUGAUUCGUAUGGCAAGGGGGAGCGCGCGUCUAGAAAUUUGUACAGAAUUGUAUUUAUAUAUGAUGUGAUUUCGGGUGACAUUGGAUGACAUAAUGCAACAUUUGCACUUUAAAAAAAAACAAGUUACGAAUAGUUUAUAUUUUUUCACUAAAAUUAAACAAUUGUUUGAUAUUUUUAAUACAAGAUUGUGUUUAUUUUUAUCGUAUAAGGUGAGAAACAGUUAGUCUUACUUGUGAGAAUUGUGUUGUCAUAAUAAUUAAAAUGAUAUAAACUGGUUAAAAAUAAUGUCAUCCAAUAUAAUCCUUAAAGGUAUUGGAUUAGGAUCGGCAAUGUCUAGUACGGUGUAUAAAAUUAUGUACAUUAGGUAUUUAACUUAACUUAUUAAUAAGGACCGGACGUUUUGUUGCAUUUUGAAAACAUAGGGCAAUGGAGCUUCUUGUUUCUUAUGAACAUUUUAUCCUCCGAAAGUCCCGGCGUCCUUUUAAAAGGACAAAAUCGAGUUUUGAACUAUAAUAUCAUAAAAAUUUAAAAAUGCAGAAAUGACCGUGGGACUUAAAGGUUAUACGUCUGUCUUGUUUAUCUUCUAUGUACUCAAAAUUAUAAUAGUAACUUGUUGUUGUCAAUAAUGACAUCAAUCGCGGUUAUCAUAACUUCUAGCCGCGCAGAGGCCAAUAAAAAGGUCUCCUAUUUCAUUGUAUUUUGAUUUUUUUUUUUUUUAUAAAUCAGAAUUGAAUUUCUCUUGGCAAGUUUUGAUCCGUGGGCGGAUAGGGGAUUGCUUAAAACGUGUAGUUUCAACGGACUAUUUUCAAGUGAUUUGUAAUACCAAUUAAAUUGUAGUGAUAAGGUUUUUUAAUUAAAGAAAUUUCACUGAUCACUAUAUGUUAUAAAAAUGCCGCGAAACGUCCGGCCCCUGUUUAUUAAAUAGUUUUUGAACGCACUUCCAAAUAUUCUGUACUUGUUUCCAAUCAACGCAGUUUUAAAUACAAUUAUUUUUCAUGUUUAAAACUGCUUGAUCGUAAACGGUGUUAGAGUAAUCCUUCAUUUGCGAAGUCAUUUUUUUAAAGUCAGAUCUAGAUAUGUUGUAAUUAAAAUAGUUUUCUACUUAAAUCACAAUAAUUAAUAGGAAACUUCCGUACAAAUAAAAUAACCACUAUAAUUUAGUUUGGGUGUGAGAUAGCAUGCAGGCAUUCUGAUUGAAAAUUGUAUAGUAGUCUCUAUAACUAAGAUUUUAUAAUAAAUAAAAAAAUCAUUUUUGAACCUAAGAAGGACCGACAUUAGUUACAACAUUUAAUAUUAUACUCUGUAUCUUUAGGUAUUUAAAUAAAAGUAAACUAACAAUUAGUACAUUUUCGGGUAGUUAUAACAUUUAUUGGUUAACCAACCAAAUACAAAAACGCCCGGAUCUGUCACUGAACGACUUGAUGUUAACCUACAUUAUUUGAUCAUGUAAUGUUUUCAUCUACCCUCAACUGGCUUAAGGAGCCUUUUGAGGGUAGAUUUCGUUUACUUUUAUUUAAAUACCUAAAGGAACAGAGAAUAGGGCUAGCACUAACACAUACAACAACCAUAUUUAUUUCUCUAUGUCUAUAGAUUAGAAAGAGAGGGGUUAUUUCACGUCAUUGAAUGAUGCUGUCGCUUUUGCUAGCCCCGAUAAAGAAAAACGAUUAGCCCUUUUUCAGGCAUAGUAAGACUUAUCGACCGUUUAGGCUUUAAAACAAUUUCAACCUUAGCAAUCCGAUUUAAGGUUCAAAUUAGAUUGAACUUUUGGACUUGGAGUUUAUAAUCUAUCACCGUGGGAUAGUAAAACCCGGCAGAUUUUAACCACGCAUUACUGAGGUCAUCGGAGCAAAAAAUGUUACAUGAGUUUUUGUCAGUCUGCAAAAAAAAACUUUUGCCAAACUUUUUUUUUACAUUGUCUGCACACGACAUGUUAUUUCUUUUUACAUCUUGGCGAUAAAAAACAUUGCAACCAAUAAGUUUUUUAUUUACAGAUAUAAAUUGCGAGUUUCCUUUAAAACAAAUGUUUGUCAGUAGGUAUGUCUACUGUGCGACAUUUUAGUUCCUAAAUGCGGUUAAGAAUACACGUUUAAAAUCUGUUGGGUUAUAUCGGCCCACGUAACGGUGUAUAGUAGUAUUUCUACUCACACAAAAAAUAAUUUUACUUGUUUCUUAAUAAUAAGAUUAAAUCAGUUUGAAAAAUACAUUUUUCACACAAAAAAACCUAAACAUCUUAAUGUACUUUCUGUAGGACAUUAGGCAUAAAGCAUGCUAUCUCAUCUGUUCGAAGAAGAGAUGAUAAAAUACAGUUUUGUACCUAUUUUAAAAAGCUUUAGUAUAAAGUUUAUAUCAGUAGGUAAUAUGGACGAUGGCUUGGCAAUGUUUAACUUGAAGGCAACUUUUUGGAAUCCAAAGCGUAGCUGAGGGUUCUAGCUGACGUACCAACUGUUUGUUGUUGGUAUUUUAAUGUUAGAAUGUCUCUCAAGUUGCCUUAGAGUAUCGCUUGUGUAAGCUUGCCUUGAAGCGUGGAUAUGGUUGUUUACAUUAAAAACAUCGACAGUGACGUUACCUUAACGCUUUUCUUUACAUUAAAAAAAACGUAAAGGCACAAAAUAAUUAACAGCAAAAAUUUAAAAAUAUUUCAAAAAAGUUACGUUAAGAAAAGGGUAAGAAUAUGAACAUGAAUUUUGAAUAUAGAUACAUAUGACGUAAAAUGAAAAAUGCCUUAUACAGACUAAUGUUUUGUUACACUCUAGUACAAUCUAUUAUGGUCUCUAAGAGCGAGUCGCUAAGUUGAUAUUAGCUUGUUCCGUGUGCGUUAGAUUUUAUCAAUAUGUUAACUGAUAUAUGUGAAUUUAUGUAAAGUGCUGCAAGCAUUGAACUAUUAUUACUAUGUAUAGAACCAGUAUUUUGCGCCAUGAAUUGUUGUUUUGACAACAAACCAAGCGGAGCGUGAAUCUGGCGACCUAAACGCGUAAGCGCCAUGAAUCUUACGGCGCUUACGACAUUUUGGUCGCGCGGUACAAGUUGCGAUUGCGAGAGUUUAUUUGUUUGGUAUGGCUUCUCUACAGUAAUAAUAAUUAGCCGGGUCCACACAGAGCAAGCAUACGCGCGAGGAAAUUUCCUCAGGCCAGUGUAGCGCGCAGCCUCGGCCGAGGAAAACGCGCACGCCGCCUCGGCCGAGGCACGUCUACACUGGCCGUAUUGUGCGUGAGGAAAUCGCCUCGCGCGUAUGCUCGCUCGGUGUUGACCCAGCUAUCCAAUGGCUACAAGAUGCAUAUUUACUUUAUAAUAAUGUCCGAUAAGGGCAUAGACAAAUAAAUGAUAGAAGCAAAGAGUUGUGAUCAAUAUUGUAUACGUAGUUUUGACAGCUGAAUUAGAUGACGUUGACGUCACGACAAAACGCAAUAUUUGUGGUAAAAAUACUGUCACUGGUGUCUUCUUUUAAUAUGCCAGAUGUUUAUAAACCUGGGAAUUAUAUAUAAAUAUGAGGGUGGAGCAGAAAAAACCUUAAUGAAAAGAAAUUUUCAGAUAUGCGAAGUCACAAAAUUCACAUGUAUCAGUAGUUUGCAGUUGUACGCAUUAUGACAGAUGGCGCCGCGGGCCGUGCCUUCAUGCCAAAAAUCGUUGGUUAUUGUUUGAAAAAAUUACUGUUUGUCUGUCUGUUGCUUGUUGUAUCGAAGACAAUUAUCACUGAUCGUGAAAAUAGAUACACAAAUUUAAAGACAUGUAUCAUAUAUGAUACAACAUGGAUACUUAUCACGUGUAUCAUAUAUGAUACAUGCAGGUAACAGGGUAAGAUUUACUAAUUGAUUGAUUGGUUAAUUAGAUGAUGAUUAAUAUGAUGAAACUAAGUUUGUAUUAAUAUGACUUGUUCUUAAUCGUUGUCAUUCCACGGUUCUGUUACAUACCCUCAUCAGUGUAUACAGUGGCUUUAUGUAAUACAUAUAAUAAGUAGAAACUUUUGGUGCUAAUAUUUUUUUUACUAAAACGUUUCUCCUAGUUUUCGAUACAACAAGUUACAACUACAGAUACGUUCUUACUGUAGAAAUCGUUUGUAUUUAUGUAAGUUAUCAUGUACAUUUCUAACAUUGAACAGAAUUCGUUUUUUUAAGCUUGGUAAACUAUGUGACGGGGACACGCUAUAAUUAAUUUGUUUUACAGUCGCCAUCAGAUAUAUCGGAGCGAACAAGGUGUUCAAAAAUAUCUGAGCAUGGACUUUAAUCUUAAUAAUAGAGGCUUCGUUCAAAUAUUGUACCUUAGCUGCUCUUAUAUAUUUAUGACUGCACAUCAGGAAAAAAAUCCGAAAGUCGUACCAUGGUAGAGUAAGACCAAGAGCACAGACGUUCAAGUGUUAUUUAAACGCCAUAAUUUAAUAGAAGUUUGACAUUUCAAAUAACACUGUCUGUCUAUGCUAUAAAAAUCGUUGCAGAGUUCUCUUGGUCCAACUGUACUUUACAUUUGUGCCUUUCAUAACAUUUUGUAUUUUCAAGUGAAUCGUUUAUAUAGUUUACCUGGCUCGAGUCAUGUAGCAAGAUUAAUUAUAUUGCAAGUAAUAAUAGUUUUAAGAUCAGUUUUAUGUUAUAUGUUGAAAGAAGGAUGUUAUCUGCAAAAGGCGGCGAAGGCUAGCAUCACAAUAUGUAUUUUAAAAUCAGACAAUCUAAUAUUCUCAUAUUUCUUACUAUUCCUGAAAAGCGGGAAUAACUUACAUAAUUUAGCAAAGUAUAAAUCCAUGUCAUAGUGACAUUAUAUUAUUAUACCUAGUGUGCCGUCGGAAAGUUUACAAAAACGCAAAGUUUUCACUAGGACACAUUUCUGAAACUUCUCAUAUAUUUGUACAGCAAUCGAAAUUUCCAUUUCGAAAUGGAAGUUCCUUUGUUUCCUGUAUUUUUUUCUGACAUUUCCGAAAGUUCCAACUUUUUGGAAACUUUCCGUAACCUGUAAGCAGUCAUGGUGGCCUUUGCACGCCUGCAACUGGAGAGGUGUUACAUGCGCGUUGUCUAACCUUUAAAAACCUGAACAGUUUUUUUUAAAACCUCGUACUAGAGACUAGACUCUCGAGAAAAUCAUACUAGGAAGAACACUCUUAAGUGAUCAAUUGUAAGUCUUAUUGAAAUCAUUAUAAGGUCUAUGUAUGGUCACUCAUGAGCUCCUUUUAACAUAUGACAUGAACUAUCUCUUUUUAAUUCCAAUUAUUUAACCCCUCUUUCAAUUCUAAUGCUUUAACAUUUAGAUAAAUAUUUUUUUACACAAAUUGUAUGUUCUGAUCAAUAGUUUCAUAUAAUGCUGGCUUUUAACAUAUUUUCUGUCACACUGACAGAUAUUUAAAAUACAAUAUGUAUCAUAUAUGAUACACUACAUGUAGAUAUGUAUCAUAUAUGGGACUACACGAAUGUAGAAAUGUGUAUACAGCGGGAAAUAUGUUAAUAUUGGUAGCAAUAAAGUAUCUUUUGGUUUGCAAAACACGUUGCUUAUUAUAUGUAUGUUAUGCAGAACCAGUGUGUAGAUUUUUUUUUGUUUGAAGAAUCUCUGAAAAGCUGUUGGAUAAUUUGCGUAUGCAUUGAAAUCUGUUAUAUAUUAUAAGUUUGGAAGUUUCUACAUGUUUGUAGUUAUUUUUAUGGUAUCAUUAUACAAGAAUGAAUCGCCAGAAUGUAAAUGAGAUUACAAAAAAAAAACUUAUUUGUAGAAAUAAAGACAUUAUGGUUCUCUACAUCUGAGGAAAAAGCAUAGAGUAAAAUAGUAUUGAUUCUUAUAUAAUGAAGCUUUUUAAAAACCCGUACUAGUUAACAUAUACAAGAAGAAGGGAUAUUUCAAGUACCAUCUAGCCGCCCAAAUGCCUAUAAAAAGGACUUCCAUUCCAUUUAGCUUUUUGACAAAUCAAGAUUAGGUUUCUCUUGGCAAGUUUUGAUUUGUGGGUGACUAGGGUUUGUAAUUUACAGUUUCUUGUGACGUGAUGAUUCAAUAUUGACUUAUGUAAUUAUUAUUUUUUUAUUCUUGGCCUUUGAAUGUAUGUAUCAUAUAUGCAACAAGGCGAGAUUCUUGUGAAAAUGGCAGGUCACUAGUAUAAGGUUUUGUGAUAUUGGCAUUUUAUUCCUUGUGAUAUAAGUUUUGAUGUACUCGAAAUAUUCCUUCUGAUAGGGAAAGAUAGAAUACGAUUCAAUUACGUAUAUAAUCCGUAACUAUGGACGAUAUCAUUUAAUUUAAAAAGUGAUAUUAUUGUUUUAAAAUAUUGUAUCGUCAGCCUUAUAACGUUGUUUUCUUCGUAAGGGUUUUUAAAAUAACUAUGAAAAAACUUCUAAAACCUUUUCAAUGCAACAUCUGGAAGUGGUUUGGAUAGUUAUAUGUUACUGUAUUUAAUUGUGUAAAAUUGCAUUUAUAAGGUAAAUCGCUUGAAAGCUGUGUCAAAUAUUACCCGUAAUUAAUGUAUUAAUUAUUAAUUGAUUCAUGUACGAUAGUUAUGAAUAAAAUGAUUUUUAAGCCUU